GUGAAUAUACGUAUGUACAGCACUUACUGACAUAAAAAUUAAAACAUAUCUCGUCAACUGCGAAAAAGGUUUAACGCUCAUCAGGAAGACAGGCGCGUCUCAGGUUCUCUUAACUGCAAUAACGCUGGAGACUGACAGGAGGCCCCCGACGUUCCCUCCAUCGAUCGCCUCCUCCUGUGUUCAGACCUGUGGAAGAAUCCAUCAGCCUGUGACCCGAACCCGAUCGCUUCAAGCCCGUCCGUCCGUUCAUCCAUCCUCUCUGCUGCAGCUUGUCCUCCAACUCUUCUAAAAACUGAAGACCUUCAUUAUUGCGUCAGCGAGGCGACACCACACGCCGUGAACAGGAAGGAGGGAGUCCCUGUGAGGGGCGUGGCUCCACCUGGUCCUGCUGCGGCUCAGUCUGGGUCCUCCGCUCUAUGGGACGGCCAUCAUGAGACUCGGCACCGCCCCCCUGCUUCGUCUGCUGCGUCCCCCCCUGCACCACCGUUGCUGCCUGUCAAGGAGCCCGGCCAGUGGGAGGCGCCUCAGCACCGACGGCUCCACUCCUCAGCCCGGGAUCAGCAACGACGUGGUGGAGGUGUUGGGUCACUCCUAUCCUCGUGAUGACUUCACCAACGUGACGCCAAAGAUCUUGGCCAAGGUCGGACUCAACCUCCACAACCAGACCCAUCAUCCUCUGUGGCUGAUCAAAGAGAGGAUCAAGGCACACUUCUACAGCUCAUACACGAGUCGGUCGGGAAACCCGCUGUUCUCUGUCCACGACAACUUGAGCCCGGUGGUGACCGUGGAGCAGAACUUUGACAGCUUGCUGAUCCCUCCUGACCACCCGAGCAGGAAACGAGGAGAUAACUACUACGUGAACAGAGGAACCAUGCUUCGAGCUCACACCUCGGCCCAUCAGAGCGAGCUGGUCCGGUCCGGCCUGGACGCCUUCCUUUUGGCUGGAGACGUUUACAGGCGGGACGAGAUCGACACCAGUCACUACCCCGUCUUCCAUCAGAUGGAGGGCGUGCGACUCUUCUCCAACCACGAGCUGUUCUCCAAGGUGCAGAACGGUGACGACCUGUCUCUGUUCGAGCGAGGUCGGAGGUCGCCUCAGAAACAGGAGACGCACACUCUAGAGGCUGUGAAGCUGGUGGAGUUCGACCUGAAGCAAACGCUGACCCGGCUCGUCAAGCACCUGUUUAAAGACGACCUGGAGGUCAGGUGGGUUGACUGUUACUUCCCCUUCACACAUCCCUCCUUUGAGAUGGAGGUGCGUUUCCAGGGCGAGUGGAUGGAGGUUCUGGGCUGUGGUGUGAUGGAGCAGGAGCUGCUGGACUCGGCGGGGGCGGGGAACAAGCUGGGCUGGGCGUUCGGACUGGGCCUGGAGCGGCUGGCCAUGGUUCUGUACGGCAUCCCAGACAUCCGGCUCUUCUGGAGUCAGGACGAGCGCUUCCUCACGCAGUUCAGAGUGCAGCACCUCCACCAGCACGUCUGCUUCCAGCCCCUCAGUAAAUACCCACCGCUGGUCAAUGACAUCUCCUUCUGGCUGCCGGAGAACAGAGAGAGCUUUACGGAGAACGACUUCUACGACCUGGUGCGCUGCGUGGGAGGAGACCUGGUGGAGAAGGUGUCGCUGGUGGACGAGUUCAUGCACCCCAAGUCGGGUCGGCACAGCCAGUGUUACCGAAUCGUCUACCGGCACAUGGAGCGGACUCUGACCCAGCAGGAGGUCCGGCUGGUCCACGAGGAGAUAGAACGCACAGCUGAGACGGAGCUGGGCGUGAAGGGCAGAUUCUGAGGCAGGUGUACCUAAUAAAGUGGUCAGUGAGUCUCUACGGUUACAGGUUGUUAACACACUCCUUCUCUGCUCCUCAGGCUCAAACACAUCUUCAGUAACUUCGCUUACUCUGACCUUCGACCUUUUACAUCAGCUGAACCUCCAGAGGAACCUGACGCCCUGAGCUUCUCACCAUUAAAGACUCUUAUAUCAUUUUCUAAUCAUGUUGAAGUGAAAACACGUUGGCUUUGAUUUUCUCUCAGUUUUGUAUGUUCAGGUAAAAUCAUUAAAGCUGUUUGGUCACAUCCA